GGUUUAUUUUCAAAAAAAAAAAUGUAAUGUAGGUUUUUUUUUUUUUUUUUUUUUUUUUAACAAGUAAUGUAAAUUUAAGGGUAAGAUUUUUAUUGGUUCACUCUAAUAACUGACUGAGUUCCAAGUUCUGAGUUCCGAGUUUCCUGAGUGUUGGCUAUGGCCAUGGAGAUGGAGAUGGAGAUGGAGACGGCACCCCAUUUCUCUAUGUUCUAACUCUCUCUAUCUCUCUCAGUUCAUCAAUCAUCUUCUUACAUAUCCUCACUGACUCGGGUUUCGAUCAUAAAUAUGGGCGAGAAGAAGGAAGAGAACGGAAAGGCCAACCCUGAUUUGUUGCCUAAUGCUUCUGAUGUGGACGCUAGUGGUCAAGUCCAACAACAAUCUCCUUCCUUAACCCCCAAACCUACACAAUUGUCUGAUCUUGAUGACGAAGAUGAUGCCAAGAAGGGUAAUGGUGGUGGUCUUAGUGAACCAUCACCACUUGAGCAUCGGAACGUGGACAUCAAUAAAGACAAUGCUAAUAUUGCCUCUACCGAGAUUGAAAUUGAGGGCAAUGGCUUCCAUUUACAUGAGAACGACUUAAAGCAUGGAUUCAAUGAUGUUCAGAUGGUCGAGGUUGAGGAUUCUGAUUCACCAGAAGAUGGUACACUAGCGCAGCAGGUAGCUUUCAUGAAGGAGCUUGAGACUUUUUACAGGGAGAAUGCCUUUGAAUUCAAAGCCCCAAAGUUUUAUGGAGAACCCCUCAAUUGUCUUAAAUUAUGGAGAGCUGUUAUUAGAUUGGGUGGCUAUGAAGUGGUGACUGCAUCAAAAUUGUGGCGGCAAGUAGGAGAGUCAUUCCAUCCUCCUAAAACAUGCACAACAGUCUCUUGGACAUUCCGCAUAUUUUAUGAAAAGGCCCUUUUAGAAUACGAAAAGCAUAAAAGGCAAGUUGGUGAACUCCAACUUCCAGCUGGACCCUUUUCCCAGUCUACCAAUGUUGAAAAGGAGGCAAGUAGUUACCAAACUCCUGGAUCAGGUAGGGCACGAAGGGAUGCUGCAGCCCGCGCCAUGCAGGGUUGGCAUGCUCAGCGUCUUAUUGGAUAUGGUGAGGUUGCUGAGCCUAUAGCUAAGGACAAGAACUCAAAUUCUGCAUCAAAGCGUGAAAAAAACCUUAAAAGCAUUGGGUCCCUGAAACACAAGCCCCCCAAUCUAGAUCUUGCUGAGAAAACUAUAGCUGUUGUAGCUGCAGCAGAUAAGCAAGUUGACACUACUAUAGUUGAUGUCGGACCUCCAGCUGAUUGGGUGAAGAUUAAUGUGCGAGAAACAAAGGAUUGCUUCGAGAUAUAUGCACUAGUCCCUGGGCUCCUGCGAGAAGAGGUGCGAGUUCAAUCAGAUCCAGCUGGACGUUUGGUCAUAACAGGUCAACCAGAACAGCUUGACAAUCCUUGGGGUAUUACACCAUUUCAGAAGGUGGUAAGCCUGCCGGCGAGAAUUGAUCCACUUCACACAUCUGCUGUUGUUAGUCUGCAUGGCCGGCUAUUUGUGCGUGUACCUUUCGAACAAGGAUCAGUUUGAGCCUAUCUCCCCUCUUAAUUUACUAGGUUAAUCAGUCGAUUUUUCAGGGUAGGAAGGGUUCUCGGAAGAGCAUAAGAAAUCAAAAAUGCAGUCCAAGCCUCCUUAUCUCUAAUUGAUCUAAUGUGUUUUCUGUUCCAUUGUAAAAAUGAUUCAAACAGUCCUGUUGUUCACUUCAAUAAUACUAUUUCUAUGCAAAAUCAUGGAUGCCUUUUUCCAUUCUGUCAUAGAUGGAAGCUAUUGAAGAUGUAAUUGCUCGAUAGUCUCAAGUAUGUAGAAUAAAUUUUCUUUUGUCUGGAAUCAUAACAUCAACAUUUUAAAGUUGGAUAAAAUUAAACCCUAGUGGGUUUCGAUGAA